AUGGCUGAAAAUGAUGUAGACAGAAUCCAGACUGACAAACUCCUAAAAAGAAUACAAGAACUAGAGCAAGAGAUAGAAAGACUUAAAAAAGAACAGGCCAACACCAAGGACUCAAAUGCUAAAGAAAAUGCUUCAAGAGCUAGAAAAGCUAAGCGUGCAUUUGACUUCAGUGCUCACGGUCAAAGACAUGUAGCCCUAAAGCUAGCCUAUCUGGGCUGGGGAUACCAGGGCUUUGCCAGUCAGGAAAACACAAACAAUACAAUUGAGGAGAAACUGUUUGAGGCUCUGGCCAAGACUCGACUAAUAGAAAGUAGACAGACAUCCAACUAUCACCGAUGUGGACGAACAGACAAAGGAGUUAGUGCCUUUGGACAGGUGAUUUCUCUUGACCUUCGUUCUCACUUCCCAAAGGGAAGGGAUUCAGAGGAUUUUAAUUUAAAAGAUGAAGUCAACGAUGAUGCUAAAGAGAUCCGUUAUACCCACAUUCUCAAUCGGGUGCUCCCUCCAGACAUCCGGGUACUAGCCUGGGCCCCUGUAGAGCCCAGCUUCAGUGCUAGGUUCAGUUGUCUUGAGCGGACUUACCGGUACUUUUUCCCUCGUGCUGAUUUAGACAUUGUAACCAUGAACUGUGCAGCUCAGAAGUAUGUCGGCACACAUGAUUUUAGGAACUUAUGUAAAAUGGAUGUAGCCAAUGGAGUGAUUAAUUUUCAGAGGACUAUUCUGUCUGCUCAAGUACAGCUAGUGGGCCAGAGUCUGGCUGAGGACAGAUGGCAAGAACCUUUCCAGUUAUGUCAGUUUGAAGUGACUGGCCAGGCGUUCCUUUAUCAUCAAGUCCGCUGUAUGAUGGCUAUCCUUUUUCUGAUUGGCCAAGGAAUGGAGAAGCCAGAGAUUAUCGAUGAGCUGCUAAACAUAGAGAAAAAUCCCCAGAAACCUCAAUACAGUAUGGCUGUAGAAUUUCCUCUGGUCUUGUAUGACUGCAAGUUUGAAAAUAUCAAGUGGCUCUAUGACCAGGAGGUUCAGGAGUUCAAUAUAAUCUACCUACAACAGCAGUGGGCUAAUCAAGCUGUUAAGACUCACAUGUUAUAUAGUAUGCUGCAAGGACUCGAGUCUGUUGCUGUGCCCUGUGAGACAGGAACAAAGACGGAUGAAGUGAUAGAAUGGAGAAAUGUGAAGCCCUCUGUCAUAAAGCAGACCAGCGCCUUUGUAGAAGGAGUGAAAAUGCGCACAUAUAAGCCCCUAAUGGAUCGUCCUAAAUGCCAAGGAUUGGAAUCCCGGAUCCAGCACUGCGUACGUAGGGGACGCAUUGAAUACCCACGUUUAUUCAGUGAGAGAGAAACAAAAGCCAAAAGAGAGUGUAAUGACAAGCUAGAGGAAGAAAAUACUAUUUUAGAGAAACCAACAAAGAGAGUCUGUGUUGAUACAGAAAUUAAAAGCAUCCUUUAA